AUGUCUACAAAAAUUCACCAUUUACAGCCAAACUUUACCUUUCCUGAGAAACCUUCAUCACAAACACAAACACAACCUUCGUCACAGCCACAACUAAAACCAACUACUGUUGAUCCUUUGGCUUCUUCUUCUUCUUCUUCUUCUUCUUCUUCUGCUGCUGCUUUAUGCACAUCAUCUAUUUCUUCAUCUUCAUCUUCAUCAUCAUUAACUUCUCCUUCUUCUUCAAAUACUUCUCUUCUUUCACCAGCUGGUCUGGACCCUCCACCCCCUUGUAUCACGUCCUUACCUACUACAAACGACAACAAUAUUUCUGCGUUACACUCCUCACAAGACACAAUUACCACAAACACUCCUACAGCCGCUAGUAACAUUAAUAAUAAUAAUAACAACAAUAAUAACAAUAAUCACAACAAUGACAUUCAAUUCACUCACCUCACAGCAGAUCAAAAUAGCUUUUUAUCUAGCUUUUCUGCACUGACUGUCGACACCUCUGCUUCAUCUAUAGCAACUUCCUCUUCAUCCACCACUAUUUUGCACCCCCAGCCAUCUGUAAGUCAUGGCCUCGGUCUGCACCAAACAUUCCUGCAGCAGCCACAAGUAUCAUAUGACAACACUAGCGUUACUACAGAAAACCAGCCGUUUCUCUCUCAUCAUCAACAACAACAACAGCCUCUCAUCCCCGCAUCUUCCCCUGUGGAUUUAUCUAUGACUUAUUCUGAUAAUUAUUCUGUCAACACUGCUGCAGCUACUGCUGCAGCAGCUUUUCGUCACGUUUCUUCCCCAAAUAUUGCCCCUACUAGACAACCUGCCUAUCCAACACUUAUUUCCUCUCCUCCUCUUCCACCACCGUUGGCCUCACAGUCUCAUUCACGCUCACAGUCUCAUUCCCGAUCGGUUUCACAAACUAGGCUGCUCCCCAGAUCUUUGAGACAUUCCGUUUCUCGCAUACCUCUUAAUCGGACAUUUAGUAACAAUGGCCAGCCUUUUAGAACUUCAUCUCCUUUGGAACCAUUUAAAGUUCCCUCUCUCGAUUCUCUCAUACAAUUAGACAUUCAACUAACCGUUGCAAGGAAAACUUCUCACGAUACAGCGUCUCGCCUGGCAAUGCUAGUCUUACGCUACAAUAUUUAUAACCGUCUUCAAGCUUCUUUUCAAACCUUUUACUCAAACAUGGCCCGAAAAGCAUCUCUUGAGCCAAACAAGUUUGCUACUCCUUAUGUUCAGUGUGUCGAUGUGGCAACCUCUCUUUUACAAGAUGAUGGCGCAUAUGAAAAGCAAGUUGGAUUUAUGUCAUUUCUCAAAACUUCCAACAGAGGUCUCUUAAACUCUUUUAUCACACUCAUUAAAACUUCACCUAGUUUCUUUUGUGCUUGUAUAUCUGUAAUGAACGAACUUGCAAUCAAUGCUUUGUUCGAAACCCCUGCUGAUUCAACUUCCCCGAUGGACGACUUGGCUGCGCUUCACAGAUCAAAUUCACUCGACAUCAUCUUUUUUUCAUUUUUUUCCCCACUCUCAACAUCAAAACAACGAAAUGAUUACUUUUCAUUUAUUCUUGCUUUCGUUUUUGACAUUGAUAAAAAUUCAAAGUAUCAUAAGCUCAUCAUUGCAAUUCUUGACCGCAUUAUUUUUUCUGAAAAGUACGACUUUUCCGGUGUUGAGGAACUCGUCCUUGGAAUGCUUCAAGACGGCCAGUUUUUACUCUCAACCAAAAUUCAAAAGCCUGGCCUUUCACAACCAUUCACUCACAUACCUUCAUCCAACCAUUCCUCACCACCACAACCACAGCCUGCAUCUCUUUCCAAGUCCUCUUUUAUGAAUACAACUCCAGUUACUUCAUCAUUCCCUUGUAAUAUUUCUCCCGUUGCUAGCUCAACGUCUACCAGCUACGUUUUUGCAACUCCAAUCCCUACUGUAACUUCAUCUUCAUCCACACCAAUGCUUUCGUUCUUUCCCUCCACUACGUCUGCACCAACUUCUACAUAUUCUUCUCCUGAGCUUCCUGCUAUUCCUUCUUCAGCAAUGGCUACCCCAACUUUUUCAACCCGUCCAUCUCCUGCUGCAUCUUCUCUCCAGCGCCUUAGCGCUUCAUACCCCAAAAAUUCAAAGCGAAGUCAAUCACAGCCUCCUACUAACGCCUUUGCAUCAUCUAUUGGACCAGAGCUUGAAAAUUUAAGCAAAAAAUUUAUCACCACUUAUGUAACUAAAUUGCUCAACCAUUUAAAUAAUACCCCAAAUGAGAAGAUGCCUAAAGAGUUUAAGGCUUUUGUUUCUUUAACUUUGUCAAAAGUCUCUGAUCAUUCACGAGAUAAAGCUCUUAAGUUUAUUUUUCACAGGUACUUUAUUUCAAAGUACCUCCAUGAUAUAGUGAUCCAUCCGGAGUCGUUUGGCCUAUUGCAUGACUUUUAUAUUUCUCAGAAACAACGCCAGAAAAUCUUGACUACUGUUUUCCACCAUCUUCAGCUCUAUAUUGAGGUUGUUCUUUUAGACCCUCUUUCUGAUGCUUUGCAUAUUCCUUAUGAAAUCCAAACCCAAAUUCUUAUUCUUUACGACCAAUUUAAGGCAUUGGCAGCAUCUGCAUCUACAUCAGCAUCUACAUCAGCAUCAGCAUCAGCAUCAGCCCCAGCACCAGCACCAGCAUCGGUUCCCACUAAUACUGGUACAGGCCCCAUUCCAUUUAACAAGCCUGCUGAGGAGUCUUUUUCUGAGCCCUCUAUUUCUCACUCACCACUUUCUAAUGCUUCGGCAAAUUUUGACUUAGAUGAAAGCUUUAUAAAUUACCCAUUUGAAGGUGGAUCGUUUACUGGCCAGCUUAUUAUUCUUUCACCAGCUGACAUUUACACUCUUUACACUUCACUGUUUGCUUCCUUCUUUUUGAAGCGUAAACCAUCCAUGCACACAGUCAAUAUAGACCGACAUAGAAAUUCACUGGGAAACAUUUUGUCGACAUCUGCGUCUAGUAGUCUUGUUGGGACAUCACCAUUUGAUAGUGCCCCUUCAUUUUAUCUUCAUCCAAAUGCUGGAGGAAGUGCAGCUACACUUCCUGCUAUUCAUGUUAACUCUGGUCUUACCUGCUUAGAAGAAAGUCAUUAUCCAAAUGAAGAUGACCAUGAUCAUGACCAUGAUCAUGAUUCAUCUUCAUCUUCUUUUGAACUUGAUGAUAGUGCAUUUGAAUGGAAUCUUAAUGAUAUUAAGAGUGACAUAGAACCCGCUGCACAAGAACUUUUGGCGAAGUUCCCUUACCUACAUUCUCGCUCUUCGAGUAUGCCUGGUACGUCUUUUUCCAAUACCCCCAAUCGUUUACCACACCCAUUUUUGGAGAACUGGCAAAUUUUCCGUGUUUGUGACGACAAUACUGUGACCAAUGUUGAUGAGAGUACAAUUGCAGGUAGGCCCUUUAACUCUUUUCAUGAUGACCACUUUACCAAGAUCUUGGAUGAAACUUCUCAUGAUGAUUAUGAAGAUUUGAAUUUGUUCAAUUUUUUUGAUGCUGAAAAGUCUCCCAUCCCUCCCGCAAACCGCAUGUGUUUGGAACUUGUUGUCAAAGCUUUGUACAAUAUCAUUUCCGAAAACUCGUCAGUUCUUUUUAACCCCAAGAAACAUGAAUCUUAUAAAAAGAAGAGUGAUUCUGAUGACGAUACAAACGUUGAAGAUUGUGACAAUGCAAAUAUGAGCUUUUCAACUUCUUUCUUUAAUGCUGGCAAUUCAUCCUUUUCUUUCCAGUCUCCUUCUCUGCCUAUGCCUUGGGAGCCUAGUAAUAAUACCCAAUCUUACUGGCACGGCGAUUUCAACAAACUUUCUGUAACUCCAAAUAAUAGUUGGUCUCAUUUAAGUCCACAGUCUUCUAGAUACCUUGUUCAGUUUUUGGUUGAUUCAGAAAAUAAAGCCACUGCUUUGAGAAACUAUGUUCAAGCCUGUGAAUACUUUAAUGCUUCUAAGGCUUUGAUCCAAAUCUAUAAUGCUGUUGGACCCUCGUUGGGCUCGUCUUCUAGCACUUUAAACAUCGCCAUUCAGGAGGUUAAUUACUACAUUUUGCGUAUCAUUAAAAAGUCAAAGGAAAAAGCUCUUGACCUUGUUUCGGCAGACAUUGAUUGUUAUGAUUAUAUUGGUGGGCCAUACCACGUUUUUUUGCAACAAAGUUUGAGUGUCUGCGACUUUUUCAUGCAUAACUUGAAUGAUCUUCGCAUUAAGGCUUGGUAUUCGACUGAAAUUAGAACUACGUCCUUGUGGGCGCACUCCAAAGAUGUCUCUACUGUUUUGCGCAAGGGGUCAACUGGCGAGUGCUAUGAUACUGAAGAAGAAUUUGAAGAGCGGGAGAUUUCAGAUCCUCCACCACCAUUCACUUCUAUUCUUUCUUCUUCGCUUCGCGCAAAUACUCUUAAGCGCAAUAGUUCUACAACUUCAUUGUCUUCAGCUGCUGCAUACACAUUUAAGCGGCUUACUGGCUCUUCUUCUUCUUCUUCUUCUUCUUCAUCAUCAUCAUCAUCUAAGCGUGAUUAUUCCAACAAGCGUCAUUCGAUUGGCAAUGCCACUCCCCCAUCAUCUUCAUUUUCUACUGGCCUUUUUGAUUCUAUCUUCAUUUCUAAAGAAAACUUUGGAAUUCCUAAGAAGCUUAACGACAAGGAAUCUGAAGCUACUGAAAAAUGGCUUGAAGAUAAACAGAUACAAAAUUUCUGUUCUGGUGAAGAGAUUUUGCAUCGCUUUUCUUUUGAAAUUGACGACCUUGUGAAACGCAUCAUUGGCGAUGCAUUGACUGAGCAUCCUAGCAAGGCAAAUUCAUAUCUUACAACUUCGAUACUUUUCCGAGCUGAUCUGUGGAACUCAAUUGUGAAGUUUGAAGGACUGGAUGUCCAUACUCUUCCACCGGCGCCACCGUCGAUUAAAAAGAACUCAGGAGGAGGUGCUGGCGCUUCCCUCUCUGGUGCAGGUUCAUUUUUGGGGUUUGGAGCAGGUGUGUUUUUUGGUCAUUCUUCUAAUAACUCUUCUUCUAAAAACGAUGUUGAAAAAGAUCUACGUCGUCGUGGCUCAAUCGACUCUUUUCCUGAUAUGUACCGUCAAUCUCACCACUCACGCAACAAAACUUUUAGUAGUACACAAGGUGAGAUGAAACGUUCGUAUAGUUUGCGGGGUCAUCGCACUCUAAAGUCCUCUCCUAAUCUGCUUGAGGUUUUCCCACCUUCUUUGCAAUCUAAGUCAUCCAAUGAAUGGAACCAAGAAGAGCCCAACUUUGAUUUCAGCAUCAAUAGACCACAUUCAUCUGCUGCAGCAGCCCGCAUCACUCCAGUUCCACCAGAAAAAAAACUUGGUCACCGGCGAAACAAGAGUUUGAAUGAAGAGGUUUAUAUGCAUGCUACUGCCUCUGGUAGCAGUCAUAGUCUUAAUACUGGGAGAGCAAAGGAAACUAGCAGCUUUUAUAUGCAUCCGUCAAUGUCUACACCUCACUCUCUUAACAUGAUGUUAAAUCAACCUGUAUCCCAUCAUUCGCAACAACCAUCCACUUCUUCAACUGUUUUACCUCAUCACAUGAGAUCGGGAUCCUCAUCAUCAAUUUCCAUUCAUUCUUCGUCACCAUUUUUGGAGGACUCUAUUCCGGCCCCACCUCCACGCAUUCAACAAGCAACCAGCGUGGAGAACUCAAAAAUGCGCGAGGCGUAUAGACAGCUUGUUUUAAAUAUUCGCAUGCGUCUCACUAGUCUCAUUUAUACGGAUUUAGGACUUGAAUCUUGGUCUACUGGAUCUGAAACAGACAUUUGGAUUGCCUCUUCAGUUGUUUCCAAGGCAAUUGAGUUAAAUAAUCCUCCCCACGGCAAUGAUCAAAUAUACGAUGUCAAUACUACAAUUACCAACAUUAACAAAAUUGUUACAGAUGUCUCAUCUCCUCAGUACUCUUCUGGUGCCCCUGAGCUUAAAGAGAUCGACUUACAGACUUUUUUUUCCAGCAACUUUGAUUCAAGCAAUUCCGCACAAUUUCCUUAUGAGGAAGUUUAUGGUAAUUUAUUGUAUCGAGCAUCAGUCAGCCCUUCACCUAUGGCCAAACUUAAGGCAUUCUACGAGCUUGAAAAGCUUGUUGUUCUUUCUUUGCAGAUGCAAGCAUUUAACAAUGUCCAUAUACUUAGUGCCUCUAAUACCGUGCCUGCGACUAGCAAUACAAGUUUUGCUGGCAAUGCAAAUAAUUUGUCAUCAAUUAUUGCUUAUCCUCGUGUAAAUUCUGCAGGACCUCCUUCUGUUAUAGGGUCUGAAAUCAACACGCCAUUAUUGUCGGCCACGCGGUUACAGCACAGUACAACGACUGCAGAAGCACCUUCCAUUGGACUUGCAGAGUCUACGUAUUGUGGAGGUGUUGCUGACAGUCGCCGAAAUAGUAUUUCUGGGAUGACAAAUCCAGAUUCUGUGGUGUCGUCAACGCCAUUUGCUAGCAAUACUUAUGCCCAACCAGUCUUGCACUCCCUAGAUGGCCAUUCCCAAGCUAUAUUGACUGGAACUUCUUCUUCAGCAGCAGCAGAGGCUGCAAUCGCAAUGAUACCUAAUACUGAUGAAAUUGCGGAAGAACUGCGUCGCAUCUUCAAGUCUCACAGCAAUUAUACUCGAACUUUGUUUAGAGAUUUGCAAUUCAUUGCUUCAUUUGUUCCAAGCAACAUUUUGGAUUUGACGGAUAUGGGUAAGGCUUUUUGGGAUGUAAGCCUGGCUGCACUGUCAUUAAAGGAAGAGUAUUUGGAUGUUGUUAUGUCUACUGCCUCGGAUAUUUUUAAGUACUGCACAGAGCCUAAUGCUUUUGCACCCAGUACUCUGAUGACUCCUGAUAAUAAUAACAACAUACCUGGAGUGGAUACCAAAUACAAGCAGUUUAUUUCACAGUUUGGUAUCAAAGAUUGUGUGAUGCUUUGGACUAUUGCUGCCAAGGAAGGUGACACUAACGGACAACGCGAGCUUGCCAUAAUGUACAUUUCUCAGCAACAAGUAGUUCCUCAAAAAGAUUUAGUGCUUGCACCAUUUGCGCGACCCAGUGAUGUGAUACCUACGAACCUUUUGCAUGAUUUAAAGAGAUCAUCGUCCUCCGGCAGUACGAGCAGUUGUGGUAGCAGUGGCAGCAAUAAUCACGGUGAUGUGUUUGAUUCGAAUGAGAACUACUCGGCUAAGCGCGUUGACCCCUUGCGCAUGGCUGUUGUUAAGCAUUGGAUGACCAAUGCUGCUGUUUUAGGGGACAGCAUUGCCAAUGAAUAUCUUUCGCGCCACCAGCAAGAUAGUGGGUAUUAUUCAAAGUAG